AGUACCGCCGCAGCAACGCGUCUGUCAGUCUGUGAUCUCCCGCCGUCUGCCCAUCUUUCCUUCCACCACCUGGCAUCUGCUGCAAGUCAAAGUCACCAGCAGGCGGUGCUCAGCGGCCAGCUCAUAUCCUUUCGUUCCCCGAGGGCUUGGAUCAGUACCUCUUUCUCCUCCCUCUCUCGGUACAGGUUGAGCCUGUAUUCUUCACUCGUUCCACAUACCCCCUGUUACUCGGCCCUUUGAACUCACUCACAGACACUGAAGCACGAUGGAGGUCGAGAUGCAGCCCCAAGAGCAGCCGUUCGACGUGUCGCUCAUGUUCGACAACUUCGACGUCGACAUCCUCGUCAAGGUGCUCGCGCACACCAUGCUCAGCCCGUUCUUCAUGUUUUGGCUGCCCGUGUUCUUCUGGUUCCAAGGCGUGCCGUACACCGACCCUGUCUUCUUCGGCACGAGCGCGUAUGUCGUCGGGGUAGCCACCUUCUGGGCCUUGAAGUGGUACUCCCGCCUUUACCGUAACCAGGGCAGUCUCAUCUAUGGGCCCGGCCCGUUCGACUGGGGCGAGCAGAUUGUCGUCAUCACUGGUGGCUCCUCUGGCAUUGGUGAGCUGAUCGCGAACACCUGUGCCGUGCGCAACGUCACAGUUAUCGUACUGGAUGUGAACCCCAUCGUCACCGAAAACUACAACAUCAACUACUACAAGUGCGAUGUUUCCAAGUGGGAGGAGGUCGAAGCCGUGUCGAAGAAGAUCAUCGAAGAGAUUGGCCACCCGACUGUCCUCAUCAACAACGCCGGUGUCGUACAAGGCAAGCUCCUCGUCGACCUGACGCCUGAGGAUGUACAACAGACCUUCUCUGUAAACACGAUGGCUCACUUCUGGACGCUGAAGGCGUUCCUGCCUGGGAUGAUCGAGCAGAAGAAGGGACAUAUUAUUACCAUGUCCUCUGUCGCAGGGAUGGUGGGGAUGGCUCGUAUGGCCGACUACAACGCUUCCAAGGCGGCACUCAUCUCGCUGCACGAGUCCCUCCGCUACGAGCUCGACCACAAGUACAAUACGCCCGCGAUCCGGACGACGCUCGUGCUCCCAGGGCACGUCCAGACGCCGAUGUUCUCGCGCGUGCGCCUGCCCCAGGCGCCGUGGUACAAGUUCUUCGUGCCGAGCCUCCCGCCGGUCACGAUCGCGAAGGCCGUGAUCGCCGCGCUCGACGAGCAGCAUUCGCAGACGCUCUACAUGCCGUUCUACGCGAACUUCGUGCCGUUCUUGCCGCUGUGCCCGAGCUAUGUGCGGGACUUUGGGCAAUGGGUCAGUGCCGUUUAUGUUCGUCCUGAAUGUGCGUGGAACUGAGUUGGGCGUCGUUGCAGCUCUCUGGGUGUGACUACGCCAUGGACGACUUUGUCAAAGUGUCUGGCCGCCGUCCUGAAGAGGGCCCGGUCCCAGG